AGAUUUUGCUCCCUUUGAAGAGGAAACAUUUUAAAGGAGCGCGGGAUGUAGAAAAAGAAAUCUUCACGGGCCUCUCCAAGGAUGGCAGGCCGACCCAUCCCUUGCUGAGACCAUGAUCUCUUCUAAUCUCCUGGGUGUCUCCAUGUUCUCCAGCGAGAAUUCUUCCAUUUCAUUUUGUGCCAUGGGAAAAACCUGAAGGACAGGCAGAAUUGCUCCCACACAUGUGGGCUUUUUUCCCCUAAGAUUGCAGUAGCUCUUACAGAACAUGACAGUUGGAGAUCACUUCUUUUUGCUGUCUUUUGGAGUUGAACCAAAGAAGGCCCUUCCUCAUUCUCCAGGGCUUUGGUGCCUGCUCAUUUUUAUAUUCUAUUUGUUUCCAUUGCUUGUGCCUUAAAACCAUCUUAUCUAAUCGAAAGACAUCCUUAAAUAAGUUUUUCCAGCACAACUUGCAUGCAUCCGGGCUCCUCAGGGCCUCGCCCAUGGCUCUGUGGGCCAGCUGUCCAAGGGCAUUACCAUGAGGCACUGCAUUAAUUGCUGCAUACAGUUGUUGCCCAACAACGAGCACAAACAGCAGGUCGGCUGCGGAGGAGGCCCCCUUCACGGUCACCCGGAGUGCCCUGCGUGCAAAGGAGAGAACAAAAUUGUGCUCCGGGUGGACGGUAAACAGAUGAACUUGCUUGCUGUUCUCGAGGUAAGGGCCGAGGGGAAUGAGAGCUGGGGCAGGUUUCUGCGCUUCAAGAAGGGGAAGCGAUGUAGCCUCGUGUUUGGAUUGAUGAUCAUGACCUUGGUGAUGGCAUCGUACAUCCUUUCUGGGGCCCACCAAGAGCUUCUGAUCUCCUCGCCUUUCCAUUAUGGAGCUUUCCCCAGCAAUCCCAGCUUGAUGGACGGAGAAAACCCUAGUGACAUGAAAGAGCAUCAUCACCAACCCUCUGUAAAUAAUAUUUCAUACGUGAAAGACUACCCAAGCAUUAAAUUAAUUAUCAACAGCAUCACAGCCAGGAUAGAAUUCACGACCAGGCAGCUCCCAGACGUAGAAGAUCUCAAGAAGCAGGAAUUGCACAUGUUUUCAGUAAUCCCCAAUAAAUUUCUUCCAAAUAGCAAGAGCCCCUGUUGGUAUGAGGAGUUCACGGGCAGGAACACCACCGACCCGUACCUGACCAACUCCUACGUGCUCUACUCCAAGCGCUUCCGCUCCACCUUUGACGCCCUGCGCAAGGCCUUCUGGGGCCACCUGUCCCACGCCAGCGGGAAGCACUUCCGCCUCCGCUGCCUGCCGCGCUUCUACAUCAUCGGGCAGCCUAAGUGCGGCACCACCGACCUCUACGACCGCCUGCGGCUGCACCCGGAAGUCAAGUUCUCCGCCAUCAAGGAGCCCCACUGGUGGACACGGAAGCGCUUUGGGAUUGUCCGCCUGAGAGAUGGGCUUCGGGACCGCUACCCCGUGGAAGAUUACCUGGACCUCUUUGACCUGGCCGCACACCAGAUUCAUCAAGGCCUGCAGGCUGGCUCUGCAAAGGAGCAGAGCAGGAUGACUAGAAUCAUUAUUGGGGAGGCCAGCGCCUCCACCAUGUGGGACAAUAACGCCUGGACCUUCUUCUAUGACAACAGCACAGAUGGAGAGCCGCCCUUUCUGACCCAGGACUUCAUCCACGCCUUUCAGCCAGACGCAAAACUGAUCGUCAUGCUCAGGGACCCUGUGGAGAGGUUAUACUCUGACUAUCUCUACUUCGCAAGUUCGAAUAAAUCUGCCGAUGACUUUCAUGAAAAAGUGACGGAAGCUCUGCAGCUGUUUGAAAAUUGCAUGCUUGAUUAUUCCUUGCGUGCCUGCGUCUACAACAACACGCUCAACAAUGCCAUGCCUGUGAGGCUCCAGGUCGGUUUGUAUGCUGUGUACCUUUUGGACUGGCUCACUGUCUUUAACAAAGAACAGUUCCUCAUUCUUCGCUUGGAAGACCACGCAUCCAACGUCAAAUACACCAUGCACAGGGUCUUCCAGUUUCUCAACCUCGGGCCCUUAGGUGAGAAACAAGAGACCCUGAUGACAAAGAGCCCCGCAUCCAACGCGCGGCGCCCCGAGGACCGGAACCUGGGGCCCAUGUGGCCGGUCACCCAGAGGAUCCUGCAGGACUUCUAUGGGCCCUUCAACACCAGGCUGGCGCAGGUGCUCGCCGACGAGGCAUUCGCCUGGAGGAAGACCUGAGGGCCGAGCUCCUGCGGCGGGUUCCACUGUACCAUGAUGGAAGAGUCUCUUUGGGGGUGGGGGGCCUUUUUACUCACAGCGUGGAGAAAACCCUGAGAUUCUUCUUCCCCUCCCAGGCACGUGUUUAGUAUAAGCAUUUGUGGUGUGAAAUAACCUGGCAACUGACCCUUCACGGAGCUCCCCAAUCCGAGGCCACUGGAAACUCCACUUGGGAAACUGAUCCCUCCUGCACCAGAGCGGCCAGGCUGCAGGGGUGAGGCGGGCGGUGCCAGGCAGGGGGGUUCAGGGGAGGCGUGGCUGGGGGCUGAUGAUGCUGGGAUCCGAUUGAGCACACUGGAGGUCACGCUACCACGUCGGAGGUCAUGUCACCAUGCCGUAGGUCAUGCUACCACGUUGGAGGUCAUGUCACCAUGCCGGAGGUCACGUCACCAUGCCGGAGGUCACGUCACCACGCCGGAGGUCACGUCACCACGCUGGAGGUCAUGUCACCACGCUGGAGGUCAUGUCACCAUGCCGGAGGUCAUGCUACCACAUCGGAGGUCACGUCACCAUGCUGGAGGUCAUGCCACCAUGCCAAAGCUCAUGUCACCAUGCUGGAGGUCAUGUCACCAUGUCGGAGGUCAUGCUACCACGUCAGAGGUCACAUCACCACACUGGAGGUCAUGUCACGAUGCUAGAGGUCAUGCACCCAUGCCGGCGGUCAUGUCACCAUGCUAGAGGUCAUGUCACCACGCUGGAGGUCAAGUCACCAUGCUAGAGGUCAUGUCACCACGCUGGAGGUCACGUCACCAUGCUAGAGGUCAUGUCACCACACUGGAAGUCAUGUCCCCAUGCUGGAGGUCAUGCCCCCAUGCUAGAGGUCACACCAGCAUUCUAGAGGUCACGCCACCAUUCUAGAGGUCAUGCCACCACGGUAGAGGUCAUGCCACUAUGCUGGAGUCACGUCACCAUGCUGGAGGUCAUGCCCCACGCUAGAGGUCACUUAUACUUCCAUUCAGUUCUGAAACACAAUUCAGAUCAAUACCUUCAUUUGGGCAGAGAAUGGAGGCUCUUUCCUUUCUUCCUUUUACUCCAAAGUCCACCCUUUAUUCUCUUCAGAUGUAAACCCUGUACUUCACUUGUAUGAGAGAGAAAAAACAGUCGAAUUUUGGUAGCACAUUUGUUUCUCGGACCAUCUCCCAUUCUGUCCUUGCUUUACUUACGUUUAACUAGAAAAUGAAUGUUUAAAACCGCUUUCUGCAUUUUGUUAGGCAUAGCUCUCUUUUCUGCCUCUUAACGUGUUUCCUCCAGAGUUUAUUCAGUUUAUAAUUGGAAGGGAAGUUUUUGCUGUUAAUGCCAGACUGAGCAACUUCCAGGAAUUGAACUCUUCGUGGGAAAUCUGGGUAUCUUGGACCCUCCUCAUGCACUCAAGGUUACUACCAGGCCUGGAGGGUGUUUUAAGUUUUAGUUCUGGCCACAGACACAUUCCGUUGCUCUGCCUUCCCUCGUGAGUGAGCUCCUUACCACAUUCUCCACCACGUGUGUCCAGAGGCCCUUACUGUGUUCACAGACUACAAGAUGCUUGUGUUCUGUUUCAGAAACACAGUGAGUGAACUAUACAUGGGCCAUGCAUGGUAUGCUGGGAUUCUUAAUGGAAAUUUCUAGGCUCCUCUGCAACUUGGUUUCCCAAUAGAUGGACUAAAGGUCUCAUCAUUUCUUGGAAGUGAAGGGGAGAGAUUGAAGAGGACACUGGAGCGCACUUGGCACCCAGCCCCAGGUGGGACCUCGAUGAGACUUCGCCCUGGAGUGUUUUCAAGGGAAGCUUCCUGCGAACCAGAGCCCUCCGGUCAAGGUCCCUUAACGCCAAAGUCAGAAAGUGCAGGUGUCUUCGUGUCCAGCCAUCGCUCGCAGACAUGCAGGUUCGCUCAGCUGUCCAGCCCUGGCACCACUAUCUUUCUGCCAUCAGGAGGUGGGACACGCAGCCCGUCUGACGGCAUGCAGAGGGCCAUCGGUAUGGACGGCUGAGCCGUCUCUGCUCCCAAAGGGGCUGUGUGCCCUGAGACCCGCUUUGUGAGACAAUGUCCCCUUUCCCUUUCCCUCACAGCCAGCAGGUGGAGCGGGGCCGGCGGGGGAGUCUGGCCUGAGCCCGGGGGCUGCAGGGAGAUACCACUCCAGCGUGCAUGUGUAUCUAUCUGCAGUGGACAGUGUGUGCGUGCGCGUGGGUGCCUUUUCUGAGUGGGCUCCCUUCCGGGUCUGUUGCUGAUGAGGCACCUCCGCUCUGGACACAGCCUUCUUGUGGAUUAAUUUCUCUGCCUACGAACUUGUCAUUUCCAGUACACAUUUUGCUAUUCUACUCCAACCACGACGACGACAAAGGAUUUUUCCUACGCACUCCUAUGCAUGUGAAUAACGUGUAGUGUAAUUCUGCUUCUUACAGAAGUAUUACCGGAGGUGUUAUUUCCAAUAUUAUUUGGUUUAUUCUACAAAUCUUUUUGUAUAUGCAGGCCCAGCCCUUCGUGCCCAUCCAUGCCAUCCAGUUCCUCUCAAGGGGCCUUUCUCUGGAGGGCGUAUCUGUCACCUCUGCUUUGUCGCGUUCAGGCCCAGUUCUUGUUGGCGGCCCGGGCACCGUUCCAGACGGUGGCCCUCGAGCCUGUCGUCCAAAACCAAAGUGAAAGGGAGCAUUUCUCACGACCUGGUAUUGAAGUGACUUUGUGUCCCCAAAGCCGCGUGUCGGACUGUAUUCCGUUGUACACCCUAAGUAGUAGCAGGGGUGUUUGUGAGCCAUGGGCACGCUGUACUUGUAUUCAUAUUUAACAGUAAAUGUGGACCCUGU